UCCAAAAACACUUCCAAUGUAUUAGAUCUUGGUCAAGGUACAACACUUGCACACUACACUCUCUUUCACUUCCCUAACUUCCUCACCAAAACCCCACACUGAACAUUUCAAGCUCUCAAAUUUUCUCAUCAAUGGCCGCCUCAUCAUCCCUUCUCUCCCCAAACUUCAACCCCAAUCUCACCUCUAAACCAAAACCCAUAAACUUCACCACCAAAAGACUCCCAUCCCACCUCUCACUCUCCAUCAAAGCUUCCACCUUUGAUCCAUCCACCUCCCCAUCACCAACCAGUAGAGGAUCCAACAUUCGCGACGAAGCCCGUCGCCAAAACCUAACAAACCCGCCACCAAACAACAAUUUCUCCGCAAAAUAUGUUCCUUUCAAUGCAGGACCAACCUGCACUGAGUUCUACUCACUCGAUGAGAUCGUUUACAGAUCACAAUCUGGUGGCUUGCUUGACGUGCAGCACGAUAUGGCUGCUUUAAAGGCGUUUCCGGGCUCUUACUGGCGCGCCCUGUUUGAUUCGAGAGUUGGUAAGACGAACUGGCCUUAUGGAUCAGGAGUUUGGUCUAAGAAAGAAUGGGUUUUGCCUGAGAUUUCAAGUGAUGAUAUUGUUAGUGCAUUUGAAGGGAAUUCUAACUUGUUUUGGGCUGAGAGAUUUGGGAAACAGUUUUUGAAUAUGAGUGAGUUGUGGGUUAAGCACUGUGGGAUUAGUCAUACUGGGAGCUUUAAAGAUUUGGGUAUGACUGUGUUGGUUAGUCAAGUUAAUAGGUUGAGAAAAAUGAAUAAGCCUGUAGUUGGUGUUGGUUGUGCUUCAACUGGUGAUACUUCUGCUGCAUUGUCAGCUUAUUGUGCAUCUGCUGGUAUUCCCUCUAUUGUUUUCUUGCCUGCUAAUAAGAUUUCCAUGGCUCAGUUAGUGCAGCCUAUUGCUAAUGGUGCUUUUGUUUUGAGUAUUGACACUGAUUUUGAUGGUUGUAUGCAGUUGAUUAGAGAGGUUACUGCUGAGUUGCCUAUUUACUUAGCUAAUUCUUUAAAUAGUUUGAGGUUAGAAGGGCAGAAAACUGCUGCUAUUGAGAUUUUGCAGCAGUUUGAUUGGGAAGUGCCUGACUGGGUCAUUGUUCCUGGAGGUAAUUUGGGGAACAUUUAUGCUUUUUAUAAAGGGUUUUAUAUGUGUAAAGAGUUAGGGCUUGUGGAUAGGAUUCCGAGGCUAGUUUGCGCGCAAGCUGCGAAUGCGAAUCCUCUUUACGUAUAUUAUAAGUCGGGAUGGAAAGAUUUUAAGCCUGUUAAAGCGAAUAGUACAUUUGCUUCUGCUAUUCAGAUUGGUGAUCCUGUUUCGAUUGAUAGAGCUGUUUAUGCUUUGAAAAAUUCAAAUGGAAUUGUUGAGGAAGCUACCGAGGAGGAGCUAAUGGAUGCUAUGGCUCAAGCAGAUUCUACCGGCAUGUUUAUAUGUCCACACACUGGGGUGGCAUUGACAGCACUAAAUAAGCUGAGGAAUAGUGGGGUUAUCGGGCCUAAUGAUCGGACAGUGGUGGUAAGUACUGCUCAUGGGUUGAAGUUUACUCAGAGUAAGAUUGAUUAUCACUCAAGUGAUAUUAAAGACAUGGCUUGUAGAUUUGCUAAUCCCCCUGUGAAUGUUAAGGCUGAUUUUGGGUCAGUUAUGGAUGUUUUGAAGAAGUAUUUGCUGAGUAAAGAAUCAAAGCAUUAGGUUGAUGAUUUGACAUUGCUAAGGUUUUGCUUAUGCAGCUCUAGCUUAUUAGUUAUUAUUGUUUUCACAUAAGCAUCGGUGUUGUUAGUUUAUAAUCUCUGUUACCGGAGGUCAUUCGAUAGGAUUUGGAAUUAUGCAGGUUUUAGAAGCGAGAAACUGAAGCAUGUUUGCAUCAUUGAAUAUUUAUUCGUUAGGAGGAAGCAAUGCUGAUUGUUUACACAGAAACACAUACUAGCAAUCAUUCCAAAAACAAAAAAUCAUGUUACAUUUUGUAUGAAUGAUCCCUAGAAGUAUUGUUCUUACAUCGUUUUAACAGAACAAUGUGAUCUGUAAUAUUUUUCAUCGGUGUUAACGGCCUGGCUUCCAGAUUUGUUAAACUCUCAGAAUCUGUAGGCAGACGUUUGUUGUUGGAUUCAUCACUCAAUAUCAAGUUGCAACUGUAUUUUCUUUCUCAAA